AUGGAGGGGGACCCCCAAGGCGCCUGGAGCGGCCGCGGCCGAUGCCAGACGGACUGCGUGGAGCGGCCCCUCUCCCGCACGCUCCGGCGCCUGGGGGGCUUGGUGGGCGCCCACCCCUGGCCCUUCCUGCUGCUGCCCGUGGCCCUCUCGGCCGCGCUGGGCGCCGGCUUCAGGCAGCUGCCCCUCCGCGAGGCGAACGACAUCGAGGGGCAGUUCACGCCCCGCGGGGGUCCGGCCAAGGCGGAGCGGCGCCUGGUGCAGGAGCGCUUCUCGACGGACGACGCGCGGCGCUUCUCGGCGCAGCGGCUGACCACCGAGGGCACCUUCGCCUCGUUCGUGGCCGUGGCCCACGAGCCGGCCCGCACGCUCCUCACCCGGGCCGCCUUCGCCGAGCUGCUGGCGCUGGACGCCGCCGUGCGGGCCCUGAGCGCCAGCGGGCACGCCUACGCCGAGGUGUGCGCCCGCAGCGACGGCGCCUGCAGCAGCCCCAACCCGCUGCUGAGCGCCGUCGGGGACGACCCGGCGCGCAUCGAGGCGCUGCUGCCCAACCUCACCUUCCCCCUCUGGCAAGGGCGCGUCAUCUUGGGGUUCUACCUGGGGGGCGUCUCGGUGGGGCCCCGAGCGGCCGGCGGCCGGAGCCGCCCCGUCCGGGCCGCCAAAGCGCUGCGCUUGUUCUACCACCUGCGGGAAGGCGACCCCGCGCAGCGGGAGGCCAGCCUGAAGUGGCUGCAGGGCUUCCUGCGGAGGAUCGGCGGCGUGCUGAGGGAGCUGAACCUGGCUUCCGUGCGGGUGGCCUAUUUUUCCUCGGUAUCAAGACAGGAAGAAUUAGAAAAAAACACCGAUCAAGUGGUUCCUUUGUUUAUUGUUACAUAUUUUUUAACAAUAUGCUUUUCAAUCUUAUCCUGUUUAAGGCUCGACUGUGUACGAACAAAAGUGUGGGUCGCAGCAUUUGGAGUGCUGUCAUCAGGCUUAGCUGUUAUCAGUAGUUUCGGAUUAUUGCUCUUUUGUGGAGUGCCUUUUGUUAUCACAGCGGCAAGUGGACCGUUUCUUACACUUGGGGUUGGUGUUGACGACAUGUUCAUCAUGGUGUCCUGCUGGCAACAGACAAAAGUCAAGCACAGGGUUGAGGACCGGAUGGCUAACACCUAUGCAGAGGCGGCUGUGUCUAUUACCAUCACAACUCUUACCGACAUUUUAGCCUUCUACAUUGGCAUUGCGACGUCCUUCCCAUCAAUUCAGUCAUUUUGCAUCUACACAGGAUCGGCCUUCGCAUUCUGCUACUUAUACAACUUGACGUUCUUAGGUGCAGUCCUUGCUCUAAAUGGUAGAAGAGAAGAAAGCAACAGACAUUGGUUCACAUUCAUGAAAGUGUCAACUGAAACUCAGGAGUCUCGCAGUUCUGCUUACAACUUGUGCUGUGUGGGAGGAUCUUAUGAUGAGUCCACUGGGGCAGAGUUUGAGCAUCCUAUGAAUGAAUUCUUUAGAAAGCAUUUUGGUCCUUUUCUUAUGCAUAGCUGGACCAAAGUGGCUGUAGUUGUCCUGUAUCUCACAUAUAUAUGUAGUAGUAUUUAUGGGUGCACUCAAGUUAAUGAAGGUAUAGAUCUUCGAAAUUUGGUCGAUGACUUUUCUUAUGUCGUUCAGUAUUAUGAUUUUGAAGAACAGAAUUUUAAAGAGUACGGUCCAAGAGUUAUGGCUGUUGUUACCGGAAGCAUACCAUACUGGAAUUCAACUGUUCGUGCAGAUCUUGAGCACUGCAUACAGGUGAUGGAAAACUCAACCUACGUGGACAAGAAAUUAUCAGAGUCAUGGCUGAGAAUGUAUGAAGAGGCUGCUAACAGAAUGUCUCUAAACAUAGGUGACCGUAGUUCUUUCAUUGGUAAUUUAUCUAUCCUGUUCAGAGAACAUCCGCAGUCUCGGUGGGAUGUUAAUUUUACUGAUCUGGAAAUAUCAGCUUCCCGUUUUUUCAUACAGACCAUCAAUAUUACUACUUCAGUGGACGAGCGAGAUCUUUUGCGUGAACUGAGAGCUCGUGCAGCAGACUGUAAUUUACCACUAAUAGUUUAUCACCCAGCAUUUAUAUUCUAUGAUCACUUAAUUUUAAUAGCACAGAACACCAUUCAAAAUGUUCUGAUUGCUACUGGAGCCAUGUUACUUAUUUCUUUGCUGCUGAUUCCCAAUCCUUUGUGCUCGUUGUGGGUAACUUUUGCUAUCGCCUCCGUUAUUACUGGGGUGACUGGCUUCAUGGCCUAUUGGAAUGUCAACCUCGACUCCAUAUCCAUGAUCAACCUUAUCAUGUGCAUAGGGUUUUCAGUGGACUGCUCAGCUCAUAUUUCUUAUGCCUUUGUUAACAGCAAGAAACACAACCUGAAUGACAAGGCAGUGGACGCUUUAUACCGCCUCGGUUACCCCAUGGUCCAGGGAUCUAUUUCCACCAUUGUGGGGGUAUUGGUGCUCUCCGCGACAGACACCUACAUUUUCAGAGCAUUUUUUAAGAUUAUAUUUCUGGUUAUUUCAUUUGGAACCUUUCAUGGUCUCUUUUUUAUUCCCGUGUUUUUAACCUUUGUCGGCUUUUCCGGGAGAAUGUCAACCACACAGCAUCGAAUCGACUGCCAGUUCAAUGAUAACUCAGCCAGGAUUGAAAGCAAUGUUACGCAACUGCCUGUUAUAAACACCUAG